GAUUGGUUCUUUAUUCAGGCAUUCCUUGCACAGGCGGAAAAAGUAGAGAUUCUGGGAAUAAGAUGAUGUCCUUUCCCGUCCUUUGACAGAAGGGGCUUUGCUUAUGGCAUCGUCACCUGAAUCUACGGUUACACUGCUGCUGGCCAGCUCUGGGCGCCUGAAGAGCUCCCUGUUCAAUGACUCGACCAAAACCAUUAGAUACAAGGACAGAGAAUAUGAGUCUGCAACAGAGGCCUUGGACGCAUACAUCGAAGACUUCCAGAGGAGCUUGGGUACCACAGAGUCUACCAUGGGGGAAAUAUAUCUUCGGAAAGAUGCCAGUACAUCUGUUCUGACACAGGCUAGUUACAGAAACAAGGAUGUUCUUAAAGAAAAGCUGACAGAUUUGGAACUGGACUAUCUGAAUCUUCCUGUUGGGUCUCCUAAGAGGCAAUCAGAUUGCUUAAGCCUGACAACUGAUGACCUGCUUGUCCUUCCAUCAGAUGGGUCUCUGCCUAUCACCCAUACCUCAGCAUUUCUAACAGAGUCUGAAAACUACCCACUGGGCCACAGGUCCUAUUCCAGGUCUUAUAAUAGUUCCAGUUGUUUACAACAACAGAGUCAGAACCUCUUGGUGUCCAAGGAGACUGUGGAACGAAGGAGUCAUUGUAAAGACCAAGACCGGAAGGAUUUUUAUCCUUUGAGAGACAGAGCAAAAAAGAGGCUGAACCUCCAAACCAGUUUUAUGUCUCCUUUGCACUCUGGUCAAAGGAAACUUACCGGUGCCAACACCUCUUACCAGUACCCCAGAUGGCUAACCAGUGGAAAGUCCCUUAUGAAUUUCUCUGGUGUCACCAGCAUCCCAAGCUUGACCUACCCAAUGUGGCUGAAGGAUUUUGACAUGCCUGCUGAUUCAAAUGACUACAGAACUACACAAAAGAAACUACAGCAUACUGACACAAUGGGCUCUCCCCUUAAAGUCCCCUCCUGGCUUGCUGAGCUAGAGGCCUCUUACAGUGAACUUUGGAAAAACUCACAGUGGAGUCAGAGUGGAGACAAGCAGAAAAACUUACGCACUUAUUGUGAGGAAGCUGAUCAUCAGACUUUGAGGAAUCUCAGACGGGACUUUGCAGAGCAGGUGGCCACAGCUGAAGAAAAUUCAACUACGUAUAACAAGCCAUUCUGUGAUGACAAGAUUGAGUCUCUGAUCCUGAAGGCAGAAAAGGUUCUGAAGUCUCCGUCUUUAGGACUUUCCAGCCUUACUUCAAAAUCUGUCAGCAGCCCACACACUGAGGAUGUUCUCGAUGCAGAUAGGCCCUGGGACAAUCCUCCAGUUACUUUUAAAGCUCCAGUACCAAUAGGGGGUGCUGAAGACCACCUUAAUGUCAAGACGCCCGUGCGUCGACAGCCAGAAAACGACCUGUCAGAUGCGGAGGCUGUGCACUCCUGUUCAUCCGGUUACAGCAGCAGGAAACACCCGGGUCCAGUGGAGGCCUUAAAGCAGAUGUUGUUCAGCCUUCAGGGUGUGGAGCAGCAGGUCACCCGGAGGAAAAGGAGAAGGAAAACCAGCACAGUGUAGAGACACCAGUCUCGGGCUCCUUGGAGUCACAUCAGGAGGAACAAAGGAAAUCUGAAAAAAUCAUUGAUGAUUAUGAAAUUGCUCCUUCUGGUCAGUCAUUACAAAGGGCCCUACAUCAUUUAGGAAGACUUAAGUGCCUCGUUGAUGAUAUGAAUAACAAGAAAGUGCUGCAGCAAGAGAAAGA